AUGCAGCCAGCGGAGGGGACGUUUCGGUAUCGACUGCGGGAAACGCGUGCACGUGUGUGGCGCGCGCUACUGCCUGACGAUCGUCCAACACCUGUGUUCACUUUACUGGUUGUCAAUUUAAACGGUGCCCAGCUCGUUCAUGGUUUUGAUAUUUUGCUGUCAAUGCCAUGCAGCGCCUCUACGGCAAUAUGGUGCGCUUUGGGAGUGUCAAACUCCAUUGUGAACAUGAUCUACGCCAUUGCGGUCAUGUGGCGGAUGCGGUACCGCAUUGAGGAGGGAAUACCGUUGGAGUCCAGCACGGUCCGUGUGUUUCUGCUGGAGCCAAUCAACAUUGCAUUUUUAGUUUAUUUUGUCUGGGAGAUUGCUUGGAUGUUUUCCGUCUCUUGUCUGUUUAUGACACCCCUAGUUCGUGAUGACUGUGGCACUUAUCUCUCUGUUCAGCUCGGUUGCAGCUUUUUUUUUUUCGUCGUUGGCGGAAUAGCCCUGGGCUCGACGUUCUUGACGGAGCUGUUCAAGACACCACGAUGGCGGCACCAUGCGGAUGAGGUAUGGCGACGGAAGCAUCCCGUUAGAGGGUUCAUCCCGUUGACUCUCACGAAUAUACUUGGCGACGAUUACCGCACAGACAUGGGGACGAUUCCGAAGGACUCACAGUACCGCACGCAAGAGGAGCAGACGGUGGAGAUGACGCGUGGGGGGCUAGCGCUGUCGGGCUCGUCAGGCGUGGUGGAGGUGAACGCGGAUUCCAAUGACAUUGGCGAGGUGAGCAAGAGACGGCGCAAUACAACGUUUCCCGUGGAAAAUAAAAACAAUAUUUUCGCACAAAUGAACGUCUCCUGCUUUUCCCCUAGAGAGUACGACCAAAACGAAUAA